AAAAGAGCACCAUCAGCAGAGUGAAACAAGUCGUUGAGUGCAAUCCUCAUUUUUUUCGCUGCAGUGCGUGGUCCGAAAGAUCUGUUUUGUUUAUCACACAUUUCGGCCCGCAAAUUUGUGUCUGCAGAUGAAAAAGUGUGAUCAGUGACGAGUUUAUCGGUUAAUGUGGCCGCUGUGUGUAAAUUGUACACCGAAAAGUAGUGCGAAAUGGCAGAAAAGUGAGCUUGAAAAAUUGUAGCACCCAUUUUCGCUCAAAGAUCCAUUAAUGGGGGGAGAUACGUCGUCGUCGUGACGAGUGAAGCAGUCAAGACAAACUCGCGUUCGACUGGGAUUUGAGAUACUCGUUAGAUUAUUACUUUUCAUGGGCACAUUGAAGUUUCGGCGUGUGAAAUGUUAACAUGAUUGUGGAAUUAUACCCUCAAUGGAGUUUGUCGAAGAAAUUGUAGUGUGAAGGGGCUUUUCAGAGCUCAAGUGCGGUAUUUUCUUUUUCUGGUGGUGCCGUUUCCUGGGAGCAGCCAUUUCUUUCGGUGGCGGAGCGCGUUUCUCCGCGAGUGCUCCCUGCUAGUGUGAGUGAGCGCUGCUAAACAAGCGAAGAGGCAAGAAAAACGCGAGUGCAGGAAGAUUGUUUAGCGAGUCACGCACACACACCGGGAAGGUGGUUCUGCUGCCGUCGAAAAUAAAAUUUGAUGUACAGUGAAGAACAGAGGAAAAGCUGCCGUGUUUUGGAUUAGCGGAAGUGCGUUCACUGUGGCUGGAUAGUGCUGGCGUUUGAGAGUGUUGUGUACGGCCGGACUGAAAGCGGCAGCUGCUGUAAAUUAGGCGGACGUGAGUGGAAGCUACCCCGCAAUGAAUGGAUAGAUGUUUUUCUCUUCUUGGGAAAGAUCGGACGGUACCAUACUAGUGCACCCAGGGGAUUUACAAUGUUACUAACAUCUGAGAAAAAGUUGCCUUUAAGAUAGAGAAAAGAAUAAAGUGAAUAUUUCUAGUGUUAAGUGUUGAAAGUUUUGCAAGAUGGCAACCCCAAACUACAAAGAGCUUAAACUACAAUCUCCAGCUGGGGCCGAACCGUUUCUAUACAAUUGGCCGUUCUCCAUCGGUGGCGGACACGACCACGGAAUCGAGCUGAUCGAGAAUGUGCGAUGGGUUUGCGAGGAUAUGCCGGAAAUUAAAUCGGCCAUCGAGGAAAUCAAUCUCAACGACCUCGAUACCGGAGACUUCGAUGCGAUGAAAAACCUGUGUGAUCGAUUCAACAAGGCAAUUGAUAGUGUGGCUGCAUUGGAGAAAGGGACGUCUCUUUCAAGCCAACGAUUUACUUACCCUUCUCGCGGGCUUUUGCGGCACAUAAUACAGCAGGUGUAUAAUCAGGCCGUUAUCGAACCGGAAAAGUUGAACCAGUAUGAACCGUUUUCGCCGGAGGUCUACGGAGAAACUUCAUUCGAUCUUAUCUGUCAGAUGAUCGAUCAGUUCAAAAUCACUGGUGACGAUGUGUUCGUAGAUUUGGGUUCUGGCGUUGGUCAGGUGGUACUGCAAAUGGCUGCAUCGACAGCAGUGAAGAUCUGCUACGGAAUAGAGAAAGCUGAUGUUCCCUCACGAUACGCGGAAGGGAUGACUGCCACCUUCAAAAUGUGGAUGCGAUGGUUUGGAAAGAAGUAUGGCGAUUAUGAACUGAUUAAAGGAGAUUUUCUGGCAGAUGAACAUCGGGAAAAGAUAACUUCUGCUACGAUCGUUUUUGUAAACAACUUUGCCUUCGGACCGAAUGUCGAUCACCAGCUGAAAGAACGCUUCGCUGAUCUUAAGGACGGAGCGAGAAUUGUAUCGUCCAAAAGUUUUUGCCCACUUAACUUCCGCAUAACCGAUCGCAACCUUAGUGACAUAGGAACAAUAAUGCAUGUCAGUGAAAUGUCUCCCUUGAGAGGUUCCGUUUCGUGGACGGGGAAACCUGUGUCCUAUUAUUUGCAUCUGAUUGAUCGCACCAAGUUGGAAAGAUAUUUCCAACGAUUGAAAACUAAGGGCGUCGAUAACGGUGAGCAAGCUGGUAGUUCCAACACUCGUGCUUCUAGGUCCAAAAAAGAUGUCAUCCCCAAAUCGGUUAUUAAUAACGAUGAAACCAGCUCAGAUAGUGAAGGCGACUCUAAUGCACUACCUGGGAGAAAGACUUGGUCUGACUGGUGUAGUGGAAAGGAGAAAAGCAGCCAGUCGGAAGAAGAGAACAAUAACUCACCCGUGCUUCGAAAUGGCCGCAUACCAAUGGCAACGAAAAAACGCAGGAAAAUUACCCGAACCAAAACAACCAAAAAAGACCCAGCGGUUAUAGCAGCACAACAGGCUGCAAAGGAAGCUCAAGCAGCUGCAACGAAGAAGCGUGGACGUGUCAAGAAAGGAAGACAAAGAAGAGCACUUAAAAUUAACGGCCUCGAUCUCCUACACAGUGAAACGCUUUUAAGUACUUCCGAACAAACCAUUGGUAAACGACUUCCACCUGCGCCAGGAUGCGUCGAUCAGCUGCUUACGUCGCUGGCCGGCGACAUGCAGCAUAGUGAGUUGGACAUCCCCGACGCGCCUUCGGAGACACCAUACGGUUUGCAAAUUUUGCUGGACUUGUACAAAGCUCAGUUCAUGAAAACCAUCGAAGCCAUGCGAAAACCUGCGUACAAAGAUAACGUUCAGCAACAAAUAGAGCGAGAAAAAGAACGAAACCAGCGUUUAUUGAAUCGAGCUGGUCAACUUGAGAAGCAAAUUAAGGUUCUCAUUGACGACAGUGUUGCUCUGUUGAAGGCUCGUAUGAAUGAACUCGGAAUUAGUACCACAAGUCAGAACGAUUUACUCUGCAAGGCCAAGGAAAUCGUCGGUCGACACAAAGAACUGCAGAUUAUGGCGGCGAAGCUUCAAAAUCAGGUCACCUCAAUCGAGCAAGAACAGAAACGUCUGGCGUCGCAACAUGUGCAAAAGAUUGCUGAAAAGUACAUUAAAUCAGAAGAUAUAGAAAUGACACCGAAAACGUCCAACGAAUUGGUAUUGAAGGAGAUCGCUAAUACCUUAACACAAAGAAAGAAACUGUAUGCACAAGUGUCAUGUUUAGAGAACGAACUAAACGUGGUGGAAAAACUUGCAGAAGAAAGGAAAGCCGCGGCUGUGCUGCAAGCAUCAAUUGUCUCUCAGCAAAGAGAUCAGUUACAGCAGCCCCCACUUCACCCAUCUCGAGAAUCGCAUAAUCAAAGAGGGGAAGAUACGAGGCUUUCGGGACAAGCGCAAUCUCUUCCUGGCUCGGUUACAGCCCACCCAUCACAAGCACCUUCGUCGAAGCACAGUUCUGGGUCAUCCCGAUCUCAGCGGAAGUCUCGUGAACAUCGAACGAGAUCCCAAGAAUGGCCUGAAAUACCGGAUAUUGGGAAGAUAGAAGAAAAUAACCCAGAAAUAUUGGCGCAGAAGAUACUGGAAACGGGCCGACAAAUUGAAGCGGGAAAAUUGCUUGCCAAUAGCACUAGCAAGUAUCAGAAAGAUCGUGAAAGUAAAAAUCAUUUGCAACAUCAGCACCAACAGCAGCAGCAAUUGACUCAUCAUCAUUCACACUCCCAUCAUCCGGGGGAUGCUGCACUGAUGCCUGCUCCACAGAGUCUCAAUAAAUCUCACCAUCGCAAUAACAGUAGCGCAAACAAUACUGCCAAUGCUAAUCUGUCUAAAACGUACGUACCUGGUUCAACCGGAGAAAUGGUUGGAGCAACGAUGGGCGGAAACUCCACGAAUGUCAAAACAGAACCUCGUUCAAAACUACAAGACUCGCACAAAGUAGUCAAUUUCGAAGAUCGGCUGAAAAGUAUCAUCACUUCAGUCUUACAAGGUCCUCCAAAAAGCAUUACCGCCGGCGGAUCACAACAAUCAACCGGACUUCAGGUGUCUCAUUCGAGAGAAGCUUCGCAACAAGUGCCGCUCGGUCACGGGGAACAUAUCUCUCCGAGCAAAUCAUCUUCAUUCGGAAAAACGGUAUAUCUAUCGUCCAAUGCCAUGCCGCAGUCCGGAUCGCUUCACAACAGUGUUCUCGAGAUCGGUGCUCGCGGCGGCAGCAACAGUGGCAGCAGCGGAAGCCAACACCACCUACCUCACAAUGCUGGUAUACCAUCAUCCGGUCAGUACUCAACAAUGUUAAACGUAUCGACGACGGCGGCUCAUCAUCUGAAUUCCACCACAACCAUAACGACGUCUCCCAUUUCGCCGUAUAAAGGACACGGCGCUAGCCAAAGUACGAAAAUCUCACCGAACUCAAAAUACUACCAGAAAAGUAUGCCAAUCAAUCAUCACUCACCGGUGGGGAACAGUACCCAUCAACAGAUUCUGCAGCAGCAAGAACGAGAACGCGAGGCUCGUGAACAUCGACAAAAUCAGAUGGUCAUGCACUUUAGUCAGUCUCAUACAGUUGUAGUGGAUCCACAAAAUCAUCAUCUUAUCCAUCGUGGAUCUGUCGAAGGAAAAAUGGAAUUUAAAGCACCGGAACAGUUUAGAUACGAUGCUCGAAAUCCGGUGGACGUUUCUAUGCUCCAAAGUAGUCAUUCGCGAAGUUCAUCAACCACCUCCCUUGAUGGGGACUAUCCAUCCUCGGGUGGAAACGUACGCUACAUCAAUGUUCCUUCAAAUCAACAGCAACUUCUUCAACAACAACAGACUCAACAAAUGGGUGGUAACGGAUCACGACCGGGUUCAUCAUCUUCACAACCCGACUAUACCCAGGUAUCCCCAGCAAAGAUGGCUUUACGGCGCCAUCUAUCGCAGGAAAAGCUGACCCAUCCGAUUCCACCAUCGACGAGUACGGUGAAAACCAUCGGUGAUCUUGUGAAUGGGGAAAUUGAACGCACGUUAGAAAUUUCCAACCAAUCAAUCAUAAACGCCGCCGUAAACAUGAGCACAACGGGACCGCAGAGCCAUACCGUCAUUAACACCAACGUACAGCGACCCGAACGCGUCAGUAUUCGGGUGCUAGAGGAAGCCGGUCUCAAUGGCAGCACUCAACCUUCUGCGUACAGCCCAAUAUCCCGCCCAAAUAGCAGCGAAACAAGUAAGUCUCCUGUGCACCUACACGGUCAAAGUAAUCUAGCCACUCUAGCGCAAGUGGCAACGUACAAUCACAAAAAACCGUCGUCUUCGUCAACAACUCCUGCAACGAUGGCCACCGUGCGAGUUAGUGGGACACAUAUUGAAGGGAGAAACACGUCCGCUCAACAAUAUUCAUCUAGCUCAUCCCACUCGUCUGUUGUGUACCAACAGAGUCGUGGCGAAAAACCAUCCUAUCAGUCGUCGGAACAACCGAGCAAUGAACAACCUUACAUGGCACUGCCACGAGCGGACAUGAAACCAUACCUGGAAUCGUACUUCAUCGACGAACACAAGCGGCAGCAGCACCAACCGAUCCACAGACAAGAAUCACCUUCCCUAGCGACACACCAUCUUCCCAACACGAAACACCAGUCUAGUAGUAGUGUUAGACCAAUAAACGAUGUGCACCCACGUGGUCAUCCGGUCAGUGUUAUGGAUCCAUCACUCUCCCGCCGAGAACCAGCCUCAAACCACUUGAUUGAUGAUCGAAUGGAGCGAAUGAACGGCAGUCCACCCUUAGAAGGUUUAGCAGCUUCGCUAAGGGCGCGGGUUAUUGCUUCAUUGAAGAGCAAAGAGGAAGACGAGGAACGACAUCGGAGGGCAGACUUAGCUGCCACCUUGCACACGAUUCCUACUGGAAACAGCUCUGGUACCAGUGGAAGUAUACAACUUGUACAAACACCACUUGUCAAAUCUGAAAAAUACUCAUCAGGACUGAAACGUACCUCACCGAUAAUUGAGAAUCCACCGCGACCACCCAAAAUGCUUUAUACUGAUUGCUCGGAUGCCAUGAUAAAUCCGGACCUGUUGCACGUCGGUCGAGGAGGGUCUGGAGGGUCCACACGAGGAAUGGGACCACUGAUGAGCCCGGAAAUCAACUCACUUUCAUCCGUGGACGAUCGACAGCACAUGCUCCGUCAUAGCAGGAACGACGUCGACGAUGACGUGGGUGAUGACGAAUCCAGCUGGCAUGAUCGUGUGAGUUCCGGGUUCGACCGCUUGGUGGCAUUCGCUUCAACUGAACUAGACAAAACUAGACGCUCUAACGAGGAUGCUCCACCGUCCUCCACCAGCUGUACUACCUCGCCGGAUUCCGGCAUCAACCAGAGUGACCACAGUCGUGCUUUCCUUUCAUCGUCGUCAUCAUCUUCGCAAUUGGACGUUCCACCAAGUAGUGCUAGCGCUGGUAGCGGCAGUAGUACAGGCAGUGGUAUGUUAAAACAUAUUGUGCCAAUAAUCAAAUCGUCUCCAGCGGAACCGGUAGAGAGCCCACCACUAUCCGACGUGGGACUACCACGUACACCAAGUCCCUCAUCAAGUCCUCCAUUGAUAUAUCAGUCGUCAGUCCCAGCUCCUGUUUCAGCACACAAUCUGAUGCACAGCGGAAACAACUUGAAAAUUCCCCUCAAAUACCAACGCCAGUCUAAAGUGCCGUCAGAGAAGCAUUAUAAGAAGAAAUUCCGCGAACGCAACUGGGAAGAAUACGAAGAAAGUCUUGGAGGGCGACUUAGUUCCACUGGUAGUGCGGAGCCGCUCGAUCAGGAUUAUAUUGACGGAUUUGGAGCCCCAUCGGGAGCAAGUGUUACGGGUAAUGCUUCAGUUGGGCUUACAAGCGGAGUACAGAUGGACAGUACACAGACCACCAACUCGGACAACCUUCACCAUCAUCAUAAGCACAAGUCGGCCAAGUUUCGACCAAAGGGUAAAGACUGGAACUGGGAUGAUGAACAUUCGAACGCAUCUUCAUCCAGCUCGCAUCGACACCGGUCUGGCAAUACUCCGACUUAAAAAGUUAUGCUUGAAUCGCCAACGCAGCUGUUAUAGGCCGGUCCCCUUUUUGUUUUUUUACAUACUCGACGAAAAAUGGCUGAGCUAAUUCGUUGUAUCUUCAUAGCCGUUUUAGAGCGGUACAGUGUUGCCUCCUCAUCAUGUUCAUCGUGUGCAACACAUUUGCUCAAUAUUCUUAACUUAGGAAUCCUAAAGUGACAAAUUCAAAUAUUAAUCAUGCCAGUCGUAAAUGUUUGAAUUUUAUUUGAAAGACUGAAUUAAAACUAAAGUAAUCUAUAUAUUUCAAUAUAUAUUUAACCGUAUUUUGAAAACGUCGAUAA